AUGAGACCAGCCGCUGUUUCCGUGAUGUGGAUGGCGGGCAGUGCGAGUGAUAACGUCCACCGUCAAAGAAAUUGAGGCAGCUGAAGAUGUCACGUCCGGAGCACCAGGGACCUCCAGAGUUGGUAAGCAGACCUACGAGCGGCUUUGUGCUCUCCCAAAUGGCUUGAUUUGUAGUUCUACGACGAGACCGAGGCAGAGAAGUAUGCCUCGAGCUCACGAAUGACCAGCAUCCAGUCCAAGAUGGCUGAGCGAUGCCUCGAGCUUCUCCUGCUCCCCGAGGUACUCACACCGCACUGACCUCCUGAACGUUUCGGAAGUAACCGGGUUGUUGGUUCAGCAUCCUUGUUUGGUGCUCGACAUCGGCUGUGGCUCCGGAAUAAGUGGCGGUGUCCUGGCUGAGAGCAACCACGCGUGGGUAGGGCUGGAUAUCAGCAAGGCGAUGCUUGGUAAGUACACGGUGAAUGCAUACCAACAUGGUCAGGGGUGAUUCGCUUCUGGUUGAUUGGUUGAUUGGUUGAUUGGUCGGUUCUCAGACGUUGCGCUGGACGGCGGGGCGGAAGGCGACAUGCUCUUGUCCGAUGUGGGGCAAGGUGAGGGAACACGCGGACGUGGACGCCGAACAGCUUGGGUGGCUUAUGUUUUCUUGUCCUGUGGUAGGUUUCCGAUUUCGUCCUGGCACCUUUGACGGCGCUGUCAGGUCAGCAGAUCGACAGAGCUAUCAGCUAUCAUCAUACUGUCAAUCAUAUGGUUUGGCUGCAGCGUGUCAGCGUUGCAGUGGCUGUGCAAUGCAGACCAGAAAGGUCAUGAGCCAUACAAAAGGCUCAUUGCGUUCUUUCGUUCUCUGUACGCUUGCUUGAACAAGGGAGCGAGAGGAGUAAGCAGACAUCAACAGAGAAGUCGCACUGUGAACAGUGUAUCUUCCUGUAGGCGCUUCAAUUCUAUCCGGAGGCUUCCGCGUCUUGUGAGAUGAUCACUUCGGCAGCCACAAGAUGCGGUAAGGUGGUGAGAUGCCCUAGGCAGAGAGAACCCGUGUUUCUAUUGACUUGUAGGUUUCGGUGGUGGGAUUGUGAUUGAUUUUCCCGACUCGACGAGAGCAAAGAAGUAGACGUAGCACGUAGUUGACACACGCGUUGUGUGAGUGUGUGUGUGUGUUGAUUCGCGUAUAGAUACUACUUGUGCGUCUACGCGGGGCACACAAGCAACCGGCCACCGACGUUGCCGAAGGUGAUUGAUUCGUUUGAGAUCUCCUUUAAUUCAUUCGGUUGCGUGCUCGCAGGCGCUGCUGGGAAAUGACGAUGAGGACGAACCAACGAGGAUCCUGAAUACGACAAGAGAGUGAGAAUAUAGACAGCAGUGGAAUGACAUAAGGCUGAGUGUCUCCUCCCUUGUCCCUCCAGUCGUGACGUGAGACGGAGAAGGGGCCCUCGUCGACCAGUGAAGAACCGAGAUUGGAUCAAGGAGAAGAAAGACCGCAUGCGACUGGCAGGGAAGACAGUGAAAGAAGACACCAAGUACACUGGGCGAAGGCGUCCAAGUGCUUGGUAGGACGAGUUACGUGACCAAUAGAUACCACCAGGCCAUUCAAACCACUUCUGGUGAUGCGUGAGCUGGCCAUGGAAAGAGAGGCUCUGACUGAGAAAUGGAGUGUGGCGUACUUAGAAGUGUUGUCCUGUG